AUGACAGUUCUAUCUGUCAUCUGCAGUCUUCCAUUUGGUUGGCAGAGGUCAUCUUUCAUGCUCCCACCAGCUCCACCAUCACCACCGCAACCAUUCCAGUUGGCACUUACAGUAUUGCUGCUGCUGUUGCUGUGUAUGUCUGGGUGCCAAACAAAAACAGCAGAAGAUCACUUAAUUUCUGAACUGGUACAUUCUAUAGAGAAAGCAUCAGUUUUCUUUGACAACUACCAAAACAAUAUCAACAUAGAUGGUUUAUUUGGAAUUCAAGUAGGACAAGGUCAAUUGCUCAGUAUCGAUAAAUUAUUAUCCGAGAUUCAUGCAGAUGAGAAACUGAAAGAGAAGAUCCAACAGGUCAUAUCAAGGAUGGAAGUGGUUAUCAAGUUGAUUAACAACAAAAACCAGAAGAACAGGACAUUCUACAGCCAACGUUUCAGGCAGCUGGUCACAGAACCAAUGAAAGUACCCUGGGUACCACGUUGGCUGGUUGACAACCACAAACCAAUAGUUUUUGAAAAGCUGCACGAUUACAAUGAAGAAUUUGGUGAUACUUGUUUGGCCCGUGUUUUAGGUAGCUACGUACAGGAAGAUAAGGACCAACUACCAAAGUGCAAUGUCACAAAAGAAUGUCUGGACUUUAUGACCAAACCAAACACCACCGGAUAUUACCUUUCACACCAACUCCUAUAUUUCAUAUGUAUUCAAAUGAAUGACUGUGCUGGCAGAGCAGGCUUUGAAGAAUUCCAAGAGCGACCAACUGUAGUGGACAUCCAGAGACAACUAUGUGGCAAGAUGUACAACGAAGCAAAACAACUAGCCAUACAUGGCUACGUGGACCUCUCCUUUCAGGACCUCUUUGCUGAACACAACUUUCUCUGUGCUCCACUUGGCUUCCAGAACUUUCUCCAUGCUGAUUGGAUAAAAAUGGUUAUUACAUGGCAGAGUCCCAUUGGUUGCUUUGCUGAGACAAUGGUUGAUAAUACUCUUUACAACACACGUUCAUUGCCCACAAUGCGGAAGUUAAUGCGGGAGGAGUUGAUGCCAAAUGGCUGUCUCUCCCACAAGUCUGGUCUCUGUUAUGGAGUACUAACCACUUAUUUAAAUGGAAUUUUGCGAAGGCAACUUAACCACAGCUAAGAGUUCCUGCCAGUGACCCAUCGGUGUUGAUGCCAUUCUAGAGUAUUGACCAUUUAUUCAUAAAUGGACUUCUGCAGAGAAGCAAGUGUUCCACAGUUUACUGAAUUCCUAACUGUGGCAUGCAAGCCUGGACACUGUUUCACACUCCAGUAUUGGGAUUAACACCAACUGAAAUACCAUAUCUUUCUGUUGUCAAUAUGAAAUAAACAAACAAAUAAUAAUAAUAAUAA